GUGUUUUCAACCUGAACUCGUCGACGUCACGAGCAGGAAGUGGAUGCGGAAGUGGGAGUAAACAGCUACAGGUCGUUUUCAGGCAGCGCUCACAAAUCACAGCUUCUCCAGCAAGAUGUUGAAGGCGGUUAUUUUAAUCGGAGGUCCCCAGAAAGGCACACGGUUCAGGCCGCUGUCAUUUGAAGUUCCCAAACCCUUGUUUCCUGUAGCCGGUGUACCCAUGCUGCAGCAUCACAUUGAAGCAUGUGCCAAAGUACCGAAUAUGAAGGAAAUUUUGCUCAUCGGCUUUUAUCAGCCAAAUGAAGAACUGACCCGAUUCCUGUUUAAUGCACAGCAGGAUUUCAAAAUUUCCAUCAGGUAUCUGCAGGAGUAUGCAGCCCUGGGAACCGGAGGGGGCAUCUACCACUUCAGAGAUCAGAUUGUCUCUGGCAGUCCAGAGGCUUUCUUUGUUCUGAAUGCUGAUGUCUGCUCAGCGUUUCCUCUCACAGAGAUGCUCAGCUUCCAGAAAGAACACGGAGAACCAAACAGCUUUGUUAUCCUUGGGACGACGUCAAACAGAAAGCAAUCCAUGAAUUAUGGCUGUAUUGUUGAAAACGAGGAAACACAUGAGGUGUUGCAUUAUGUGGAAAAGCCAAGCACGUUUGUGAGUGACAUCAUAAACUGCGGUAUAUACCUCUUUAACCCAGACAUCUUCCAGCACAUCGGCACUGUCUUUCAGAAGAAUCAGCAGGACAUGCUGUUAGAGGAGCCAGCCAACGGCUGGCACCGAGCAGAGGCCAUCAGGCUGGAGCAGGACAUUUUCACUGCCCUGGCAGGACAGGGCAAGCUCUACGUAUAUAAAACCCUUAGCUUCUGGAGCCAGAUUAAAUCUGCAGGGUCUGCAAUUUAUGCUAGUCGUCUGUACCUCAACCAGUAUCACAAAAAUCAUCCUGAAAGACUGGCCUCGAAUAGGGAAGGAGGGCCAAAAAUAAGUGGUAAUGUCUAUGUUCAUCCCACAGCCAACAUUGACCCCACUGCUGUGUUGGGUCCCAAUGUGUCUAUUGGCACUGGAGUGACCAUCGGUGCUGGGGUCAGAGUUCGAGAGUCCAUCAUCCUCCAUGGUGCAACUCUGCAGGAUCACUGCUGCGUUUUGAACAGCAUUGUGGGAUGGGACAGCACCAUUGGAAAGUGGGCCAGAGUAGAAGGAACCCCAAGUGACCCAAACCCCAAUGAUCCCUACGCCAAGAUUGACAGCGAGACCCUCUUCAGAGACGGAAAGCUCACACCCUCAAUUACCAUCCUCGGUUGUAACGUGACCAUCCCCUCUGAGGUGAUUAUACUCAACUCGAUUGUUCUCCCACACAAAGACCUCAACCGUGGCUUCAAAAACCAAAUUAUUCUCUAGUUAAUCUUCCUCAAGCUCCUGUCCGCUUACUGUCGCUGAUGAAGGAUGCAGUUGGACGCCCGCUGGCACUGCCUGAGUUACUGUUUAUAAGAUGUCAAGAAUGAAAAUAUGAGACGUUUGUUAAAUAGUUUUGAAAGAUAGAUUUUUAUAUAUUUGUCCUCAAGCCUCUAUGCAUCACUGGGUGUCAGCAACGUUAGAGAGAGGCUAAUCACGCAUGUUGAUUCACCUUGAAAAACGCUGUCAUGCCACAGGUUUAUAUUGGUUUUUUUUUUGGUUGUUUUUUUUUUUUUAUUAGAUUUACCGAACUGUAAAAUUAGUGCAGACAGCAGUGUAAUGUAUUUCAUUGGAUGUAAUAUGAUGUAAAAAAAAAAAAAAAAGUUUAUAGACAACCUGUUUCUCAAGGACAUCCUUGAGAAACUUGAAACUUGUCACUUGAAUGUGAGGAGAGAAAUUAGAAAACAAAAAUCACAGGCUACUGACUGGUUAAUUACCUGGAGGUGAUUAUUUGUGUGGAGCUCUGAUUAAAACCUUUUAGUCUCAAAAAUUACCACCAAAAUAAAUCAGUGGGCCUGAGAUUUACAUUGCAAUCAAGUAAUGUUGCCUUUUAAAAUGUGAACUUAGCAGGGGGCCUCGAGACUCUGCCGUGUAAGCAGCAACAGCACAUAUUUUAAAUUGGGCAUUUGCAAUCACUGGUAGAACUGUUCCAGUUUAUGGAUACAGCACAUUAGCAUUUACUUAUUAAGCCCUCGAGCACUCAUGAUCACUUCAGCGCUUUUGUUCCAAUUACGGCAAAGAGGGUGUCUAUUAAGGAGCAAUGUAAAUUGUGAUGCUGGAACUGCAGCAUAAUAUAUUUUAAUCAAGUCUCUUCACAAACUGCCCUCAGAAAAAGAAAAAAAAAUACUUAAUGUACAGUUUUAUUUAUGGUGAAUUUAUUUCAGGUUUCAUAUGUAGACGCCUCUGCUUUUCAUUGUUGAUUCAGAUGCCUUAACUGCUUCAAAAUAACUGCCUCAUGCCAGUCUGGGGCCCCUCAUUACAGUGUUUUUACCCUCUUGAUGGGACGUUGAUCAGUCGGAAUAAAACCUCUAUGCUCCUCACAUGAAAGGCAAUCCCAAAAAACAUUAUCUCAGAUAGGUUUUCCACUCUCGUAAGAGUGCAACUUACAUUUCUAUGCAGAGAAGUGCUUGCAGUGGGAGUUGAGCUUGUAUCAGAAUUCAGAUACUACAUACUGAAUGCACCACAUGUUGUUCAAAGCUUGUCCGUGUUUUUUCCUUUUCUUCUGCCUCGCAGUAGAAAAUGUAGUCGGUUCUUACUGUAGCUCUGAGCAGGUCAGCAGGGGAAGGACAGGAGCUGGAAUUGCGGUAUAAAAGAGUAGAAAAUAUCAAGGUCAGAGUGAUUUUUAAAAAACAUCAGAAUAGAAAGGACAGCAAAGGUGUGACAUGUGACAAAAGCUGGAUUCAAAUCCCUCCCAUCCUGUCCACAGGAAGAGAGUUUUAGUUUGGCGAGUCAAGACGUCAAAUGCCAGAAAGUGUGUGUGUUUACCUUUUUUUAGUCAACAUGGAAACGUUAAAAACAGAUUUGAGCUUCUCUUCACCUUUAGUUUCUGUGACAGCUUUCUCAUCUUGUCAUGUGUUUUUUUUUUGGAAAAAGGUUGUUUUCAUCACUUUCCUAAGUUUAGCUUGCUGACAACAUUUAGAGGUUCAUUGAUACUGUUACUAAUCAAUAGUAUUAUUUGAAAUUACAGACGUGCAUAAAUGAGCCCAUGAAACUUUCUUCUUCCGUUAUUAUAAUUUAAUUUUCACACUCAGCGGUGCAGGUUUAUGUAUUGAUAAGCUUUAAUAUCUGACACAACAGAGAAAAUAAAUAAAAGAAAAUGUUGGCCCUUUCUUUUUCACAAUGUUUAUUAAACAGAUGGUGAUGUUUGGGGGAUUCUUUUAACUCCUCUCCUUUUUAGUUUUUGAAGUCCUGGAAAGAGUCCAGGAUGCUACAGAAAUGUCUGAGUCCAGAAUGGACCACAUAAUUAAAGUUACAAACUCCA